GUCACACAUUUUGUUGCGUUUACGAACACGGAAGUUUCUUUGUGAUGUGGACAAGAUGAUCGGGGAUCUGCUAAUAUUCGGGACGCUUCUGAUGAACGCAGGAGCCGUGUUGAAUUUUAAGCUUAAAAGAAAGGAGUCCCAAGCAUUCGGAGACGACACCAGAGCACCGACCACAGGUGACAACAUCAGAGAGUUCUUGCUGAGCCUGAGAUACUUCAGAAUCUUCAUUGCACUGUGGAACAUCUUCAUCAUGUUCUGCAUGGUUCUAUUGUUUGGAUCAUGAUCCAAGAUGGCUGACUCUCAAGUGGACCCUGUUCUUUCGGCUUGUUUUAACAUAAACAAUGUCUGUUUUAUCCAACAACCCACUCAGUUGUACAAAAGGUGUAAAAUACUGUAUUUAUUGCUUCAUACAUGCUUGUAAGAGCAACUCGAGGAGGUGGUUUGAUGCACACUUAUCAGUUUUUUUGUGAGGACUUUUACCUUAAUCUCUGCCUUUUCCUGUCUUUAAGUAUCUAAAUGAACAGCUCCAUCAUUUCCCCCCAUCAGUCAACAAUACAUAUGUUUAGUUAUACAGGUCUAGCACCAAGUUAAUCUUUAAAUUAGAGGUGUUUUUAGGAAAUGUCUGAAAAGUGUGCUCAAAUGUGUCACAUUACUCUGUCCAUUUUAACUGAACCGUUGAUCAGAUAAAAGGUGACUAAACCUC